ACUGUUUACACUGGUUUAUACUACCACUAGUACUACUCCACGAGCGCGUCUGUCACCUCGAUCAUCAUCACUCACCACCACCUUCACCCUCAUUAUCAGCACCUUCACUUAUCACCUUCACUUUCAUUGUCGUGGUCGUUGAACCUAGAUAUCGGCAUGUCCCAUCAUUUGUCGUGAGUAUAAUUCCCGGGGUGUGCCUAUUCCUAAAGAGGAGGCUAGAGAUGUUGCGGACGAUGAUGAUCAGUGCGUUUCUGUCCGGCGUGGUGACUGUCACCGCUGCCUUGCACUCCUCCACCGCCCUGAACGGCGGGGUUGGCGAUCCUCUCGCUCAUCACGGCCGCUGUGAACCUAUCACCAUCAAUCUCUGCAUGAACAUCCCAUACAAUGAGACGAUCAUGCCGAACCUAAUGAAUCAUCAGAAGCAAGAGGACGCCGGCCAAGAGGUGCACCAGUAUAUGCCGCUCGUUAAAAUGAAAUGCAGCCCGGAUCUGCGUUUCUUUCUGUGCACCGUCUACGCGCCCGUCUGUACCAUAAUCGAGAAGGCGAUACCGCCGUGCCGGUCGCUCUGUGAGAGCGCGCGCUCCGGCUGCGAGGAACUAAUGAACAGUUUCGGUUUCAUGUGGCCGGAGGCCCUGGACUGCUCCAAGAUGCCGGAGAAUGACGGCACGGAGCUCUGUGUAGGUACCAAUGAGACCACCACACGCCAGGAACCUGUGCCUGUCUCUCCUCCCGCCCGCAUGCCGAUGGCAGAGUUCCAACCAACCUGGAAUGAGGGAUUGAGGCCUCACGGUGGCAUGGGCGUUGGUAAUGGCAACAAUUUUAUCAUGGGUGCCAGGGAUUUUGGCUUCGUCUGUCCAAUGCAGUUCAAGAUCCCUCAUGGAUUAGGAUAUUCAUUAAAAGUUGGAGACAAGGUGGAGCCCGAUUGUGGAGCACCCUGCGACGGGAUGUUCUUUACCGAGAGACAAAGAAGAUUCUCCAGGGUAUGGGUUGGCACUUGGGCCGCUGUUUGUGCUGCUUCGUGCUUCUUCACGUUCCUGACAUUCCUCAUUGAUACAGAUAGAUUUAGGUAUCCCGAGAGGCCUAUCAUUUUCUUGUCCGUAUGUUACCUGAUGGUGGCACUAGUUUAUGUAAUCGGCUGGGCAGCAGGGAAUUCCAUAUCAUGUAGGGAGCCAUUCCCACCGCCUAUAGGUAUCCGGUUACAGACGGCUUCUACAAUCACUCAGGGUACUAAACAUGAACUGUGCACUGUGCUCUUCAUGAUUCUCUAUUUCUUCGGCAUGGCGUCGAGCAUCUGGUGGGUCAUCCUCACCCUCACAUGGUUCCUAGCGGCUGGAUUAAAAUGGGGGCAUGAAGCGAUCGAAACCAACUCGCAGUACUUUCAUUUAGCUGCUUGGGCCGCACCGGCCGUGAAGACUGUUACCAUUUUGGCGAUGGGAAAAGUGGAAGGUGACAUAUUGUCCGGAGUUUGCUACGUUGGUCUUUGGAACGUGGAGGCUUGCUUCCGCAUUCGAACGGUGAUGAAGCACGACGGAACUAAGACUGAUAAACUUGAGAAACUCAUGAUUCGCAUCGGCAUCUUUUCCGUGCUCUACAUCGUACCUGCUCUAGUCGUAAUCGCCUGCCUCUUCUACGAGCAAGCCUAUUUCGACCAAUGGAUGCUUACGUGGAAUUUGGAGAUGUGCUCACGACCGGGCCUGCAGUUACUCUACUCGUUGCCGUGCCCUAUCGGCGAGCGCAUCCGCGAUCUUAGUCGUAAACCCGACUUCGAGAUUUUCAUGAUCAAAUACCUCAUGGCGAUGAUUGUGGGCAUUACUAGCAGCUUCUGGGUAUGGUCUAAGAAGACGCUUACCAGUUGGCAGCAGUUCUUCCAUCACAUACGAGGUCAUCGCACUGAAGCCUAUGUUUAAGUCCGCAGCUGCAUUUGUUCACGAAGAUCUACGUACUUUUUUAUUUUCUUUUUGUUGAACGAUCAGGUAAAUU